ACUUAGAACCAGAGAGAGAAGAGAGAGGAGUUUGGUUUGUUAGAAGAAUAGAGAGGAAAUAUUCUCUUUAGCUUUCAAUGGUAUUUUUGGUGUUUUGCUCCUGAAAUCAAACAAAUCAUCCUCCCGAUUGUAUUCUUGUGUUGUGCUCCUCGGAUUCAAAACGUUAUUGCUGUUGUGUGUUUUCGUCUUCUUACUUUCUUCUGAAUAAUACCAAACCAUCCAUCUGUUUGUAUUUGGAGACCUUGUUUGUUUAUUUUGUAUUCCAACUCUUUGUUUUUCCUCCUCACUCAAAUGAUGUCUGGUGCUCCUAAUUCCCAAACAAACCCUAACUCCAAACCCCCUUCUUCUGCAAAAAGGCGACGAAAUCUUCCCGGCACACCAGAUCCAGAUGCAGAAGUUAUCGCGCUUUCUCCAAAGACGCUUAUGGCGACCAACCGAUUCGUCUGCGAAAUCUGCAACAAAGGAUUCCAGCGAGACCAGAAUCUCCAGCUGCACAGGAGAGGCCACAAUCUGCCGUGGAAGCUCAAGCAAAGAGCUAACAAGGAUCAAAUCAAGAAGAAGGUUUACAUCUGCCCGGAGAAGACCUGCGUCCACCACGAGCCGGGCCGGGCCCUCGGCGACCUCACCGGAAUCAAAAAGCACUUCAGCCGCAAGCACGGCGAGAAGAAAUGGAAGUGCGACAAAUGUUCUAAGAAAUACGCAGUUCAAUCCGAUUGGAAGGCUCACUCCAAGACGUGUGGUACCAGAGAGUACAAGUGCGACUGUGGAACUCUCUUUUCCAGGAAAGACAGUUUCAUCACGCACCGCGCCUUCUGCGACGCCUUGGCGGAGGACAACAAUUUGAACUCGAGAAAUGGAGAAAAUCCGAUAUCGGUGGAUCAGAAUCAGCAGAAGCCGAGGCUGUCGCUUUGGUUGGAUCAAGCCAACUCUCAGCUCAAUCACACUCAUCAUAAUUCAAAUGCUAUGUUUAUGCCUUCAUCCACGGAUAUGAUUCAGAUGGCGUCGAACGGCCUUUUCGGCUCGAAUUCAUCCAUGGCGGAUUCUCUGGCUUCUCUCUACUCAGAUAGCCAAAGCUCGGGCAUGUCGGCCACGGCGCUGCUGCAGAAGGCCGCUCAGAUAGGGUCCACGAGGAGCAGCCCGACGUUCUUCGGCAACACGGUCGGGGUGAUGAACUCGUCUUCGCCAUCGGCGUCGUCCACCAACACAUUGCCGUACGGCCCUCCGCAGACCGAGCUGCAUCAGGUGUUUGGGGAGAAUGCCGCGGCGGCGAUGAUGAAUUUCAACAACAAUCUCGGAGGCGCCGCACAGGGGGCUAAUUCGGUGAGCUUGCAUUCGGGAUUGCAUGGUUUCACGAGGGAUUUUCUCGGUAUGGGCGGAGACGGCGGCGGCGGUGGGACGUUUUUGCCGCAGGAGCUGGCUAAGUUCGCUUCGAUGAGUCCGGCAAUGGGGCUCACCCACUUCACUACCAAUCACUAGCUAGCACCUACCUUUUCUUAUUUUUUCCCUUUUCCUUUAUUUUUGUUUCUGAGAUUUUGUUUGAUAUCACCAUAAUAAAAAGUGUUUAUACCUCUAAA